UAAAGAUGGAUUCAGAAAGAGCUAUUAAGCCUCAUGUAAUCCUAGUCCCAUUCCCUGCACAAGGUCAUAUAAACUCGUUUAUGCAAUUGGCCAAGCUUUUACACUCAAAAGGUUUCUACAUAACCUUUGUUAACACUGAGUUCAAUCACAACCGACUAGUUCGAUCCAAAGGACAGGAAGCUGUGAAAGGCUUGCCUGAUUUUCGCUUCGAAACAAUACCUGAAGGAUUGCCACCUUCUGAUAAAGAUGCUACUCAAGAUCCUGCGGCUUUGUGCGAUUCGAUCCGAAAGAAUUGCCUGGUUCCUUUUUUGGAGCUAUUAUUGUCUAAGCUCAAUUCUUCUUCUCAAGUGCCUAAAGUUAGCUGCAUAAUUUCAGAUGGUGUCAUGAGUUUUUGUAUUAAAGCAGGAGAAAUGUUAGGCAUACCUGCGGUUCAGUUCUGGACAGCCUCAGCCUGUGGUCUUAUGGGAUAUUUGCAAUAUGGUGAAUUUAUUAAGAGAGGGAUUAUUCCAUUAAUUAUUAUCAUUAUUAUUAUGUCCAUUUAUUAUUUCCCUUCUUCCACUUUUCUUUGUAUUUCAUGCAAUAUCUUAUUUGAUUACCUGAAAUCAGAAUCAGAAAACUGCUUAAAAGCUUCUGCAAUUAUCUUCAACACUUUCGAAGAGUUUGAACAUGAAGUGUUAGCUGCAAUUUCAGCCAAGUUUCCUCUCAUUUACUCAAUAGGCCCACUUACCUUGCUCGAAAGGCGCUUGCCGGAGACCGAACUCAAGUCGUUAAGGCCAAGUCUAUGGAAAGAAGACUCAAACUGUCUUGAAUGGCUAAAUAAAAGAGAGCCCAAUUCAGUUGUUUACGUGAAUUAUGGUUCUGUGACUGUAAUGACGGAGCAACACUUAAAAGAAUUUGCAUGGGGACUAGCAAAUAGUAAAUACCCAUUUUUGUGGAUUAUCAGACCUGAUGUUGUCAUGGGAAAUUCUGCAAUAUUACAUGAAGACUUUCUUGAAGAGAUUGCAGACAGAGGAUAUUUAGCAACUUGGUGUCCACAAGAUCAAGUACUUUCGCACCCAUCUAUUGCUGUUUUUUUAACUCAUUGUGGGUGGAAUUCUUCGAUGGAAAGUGUUUGCGGAGGCGUGCCUGUGAUUUGUUGGCCAUUUUUUGCGGAGCAACAAACAAAUUGUAGAUUUGCUUGUACUAGUUGGGGAUUGGCUUGGAAGUGAAUUGGCUUGGAAGUGAAUGGAGAUGUGAAGAGUUAUGAAAUUGAGGCUUUGCUUAAGGAAAUGAUGGAAAAUGAUAACGGCAAGAAAAUGAAACAAAAGGCUUUGGAAUGGAAGAGGAAAGCAGAGAAAGCUAUUGAUGCUGGUGGUUCUUCAUACAGUGAUUUUGAGAGAUUCAUGAAGGAUUUUCUACAUUUUGAUUAGUGAUAUAAGCGGGGUGGGUUUUCUUGGGUACUCAACCCACAAAAACCCAUUUAAAACAAGUUUGAAUAUUAAUUAAAUGGGUUUGGAAUAAGUAUGAAUAUCAAAUUAAUUAUUCACAGUAGAUUUGGGCUUC